AUGGCCGUUGUUGCUGCCGACGCUGCCGAGCCUCGCUUUGAGGACCUCUCUGCAGGAGAGGCAGAGCUGGAGCCUGGACUAAGCCGCUGCCACGACUGCGGCCAGUCUUUCAAAGUCGCCGACCUGCACGGUCGCUGGCGCAAGAAGCUCUGCCUCGGUUGCCGCCGCACGGAGCACACACUGUGGCGACACGUGGGUGGCUGGGAACAGUUGCAGACCUUGAGCGACGAGGAGCGGCACAACUUCUUCAGUGCGACUUCCGGGUCGAGCUGCUGGAAGACUGUGCAGAGCCGCCUGCUAGAGAGCCUCACACGGGAGCGAGUGACUUCACUCACCGUCUCCCUUGGUGGAAAGUACCUCCCACCUUCGGUGUGGUUGAAGAAGGGCUUCAGCCAGGAGCAACUGGACCGCUGCGCGGACUGGGAGGACAACGAAGUACUUGGCCGCACCUGCCGCUUGCAGGUCAAGGAAGUGUCCCAAAGCUGCGUUUUGCGGACGAUCCAGACCGAGCUUCUGGAGAGGGUCAAGGAAGUUGCCCGAGGCAAGGCUGGCAAGGGAACCAAGACGUGGGACUUGCAGGCACCAGCCGGGUCGUUUGAGAAGCAGGGGAAAGAAGACCCGGCUGAAAAGAAAGCAGCACGUGCAGUCGCCAAAAACAACAAGACUGUGCUGUCCUUGGCUGCCAAAGCCCUAAGCCAGGUCACGAGCAGCUGGUUGCAGGCAGAGCAACAGGUCGGCAAGCCGGCACCCCCUGAGCAGGAGCCGACCGUCGCUCUGCUGAAAGAGUCCCACGCUCUGCUGCAGAGCUGGAAAACAAACUGUGAGCAGGUCCUCGCCCAGAAGGAGAACGCAGGCGACCGGGAGCUUUCCUUGCCCUUCUCCAAAGAGGACUUGGACACGCGAGUGAAGAGCGUCGCCGUAGCCGUCAAGGACUUGAAGGACGCUCGCAAGACGGAGCAGCAAGAGAAGAGGGCUGCCAGGCAGGCGAAGCGGGGAGGCGGCGGCGACGCCGACGAGAAAGUCCGCCCGGCUUCUAAGGCGAUGCUCUACGGGGAAACCACGACGAUCAUUCUCGGCUCGAGCCCCAUGCUCCGAAGAAGCAUGCGAGUCCGUGCUACUCUCUGCGACAAGGGCGUUCGGCUCUAUGCCGGCGCCAGCAGUAACAUAGGUCUGCACAUGGACUUGAAAGCCUACUUGCGGCGAGGCGCGACACCGCCACCGACGGAGUCCUCGAAGAACUCUGCUGCCGCAGACGCUGCCGUCCACUCCGACAAUAAGGCAACGGACUCGGCAACGCUGCCCUGCACUCCCGGCUCCGAUGCCGCCACACUCGUGCUGCCGGGGCACGCCUCGGAGGACGAGGUCUCGCCAGGCACACCAGUCGGAACGCCCGUGCCGAAGAACCCGCAGUUGCAAAGCAUGCUUGCCAGGAGCCACGCUGCGGUUCUCCGGAGCCUGCGGCUGCAGCUAGAGCAUGCCCUCGACGACCCGAGCGAUCCUCUAAGCGACAAGCUGCGACGCUUGUUGGGCCAACUGAAAGAGCAGGUGCAGUUUGUCCUCACUGACUUCCUGGAGCCAGAAGCAGCUUACUGGGAGGAGCAAGACAUCCUCGAAGUGCAAGCUCGUGGCAAUGCAAUUCUCGCGGACAUAGAGGACGGUCUGCAGAUGAGCAUGGCAGCGCAGCUCUCGCCAAGGUCGUGUCAGGAGACGCCAGCGAAGCGUGCCCGACACUGCGAGCCUGCAGAAGCUGCACGGCCAGACGCCCCCAGCAGCACGGCAAGCAGCAGCAGGACGCGCUAG